ACUCCUUUAGCGCUCACGAGCUUGAAGGAAGCAUACGAGGACCUCAUAGACAAUUUCCGCGAGGAAGUGCGGCGAGCGAGCGCGCCCAUAGGAAGAACGUCCAAACUCGUCGCAGAUGAGAAGUGCAUGGAGAUCUUUGGCGAGCUUGCUCAGGCUGUCAGAGAGAACGGGAACAAGAUAUUCACCUAUCUCAUGGCAUGCCUGUUCGAGUAUUUGUUUGGAAAGGACACGAUUGAGGGGAUAGAAGAUCUCCGGGAGGGUUUGACUGACCAGGAUAUCAUCUAUGGGAACUACGGAGGAUCGGACGAGCCUGAACAGACUUCUUCAUCUGAAGUAGUUGAAGAAGCUAGUGCAGAAGAAGAGGCUUACGAUGAGGAGGAACUCGAUGAUGAGAGCGAAGAGGUGGCUGAGGAAGCUCCGGCAGCAUCAGCUACAACAACGGCUCCUUUCCCUCUUCUCCAAUCCUCUCCUUUUGGCUCCGCGUCCCCUGCUACACAGCCUCCCGUGAAGUCAGCGUUCGCGAACAUUAAAUCCACGCCCAGCACUUUUGGUGUCUUUGGUGGUACAACAGCGUUUCCAACUUCGGAGUCUACACACGCUGCGUUCCCUACUUCGACAUCAACUUCGUCUAACCCCCAGUUCCCGACAUCAUCUUCUUUACCAUCAUCAACAAAUGGCUUCUCUAAUCAACCCACUCUACAAUUCCCCUCCUCUGGCUCGCCGAGUCCGUUUGGCCAACCGGUUCGGCCUACAGAAGGUCUUGUAAAUGGCUUAACGCCUCCCGCUUCAUCACCCUUCGGCGGGUUUUCAUCCAGUGCUUCAGGCACCGAACGGAUUUCCAAGUACAUCAGGGAGUCAACCUCAGCCUCCCUCAUUUCCUACCUCCUCGUCUGCUCCUUUCGGAUCAGGGCAGCCGUCGAUUUUCUCAAGCACACCAAAGCCUCUCCAGAGCUCUCCUUCUCGGACUCUGAAUCCGGCGGCGCCGUCAUUUACACCUCAAGUGAACCUUCCAUGCCGUCGCCUACCGUCCCUCCUCCUCUACCCAGGAAGCAGCCUAUAUCUCUUCCUUCGACACCAACGACAGCCUCGUCUGCGAAUCCUUUGCGCGACUUCUUCAAGGGGUCAUUGAAGACAUCGAUACCCCCUGCAACUGGAGAGCUUAGUCCGCUGAUCAUCACUUCUCCUACUACGUCAAGACCUGCAUCGAUCCGCAACUUUUCGUUUGAUGAUACUCCAAGGGCCGCCGAUAACACGAAUCCAUUCGAAGCUAUCAGCCCUCUCAAAUCCAAAGGCAAAGGCAAAGCGUCUUCCGAGGAUCUUGACAAACAAACGAAGGAAGACAUGCUGGAACGAGCCAUCGCGUGGCGGAAGGCCUGCCGGUCUAGUGAUGCAUACAGGGAGAAGAUACGCAAACAAGGUCAGGCUUCGCCAAGCAGCGAGCGAAAGCGCCGGUUAUUACCCAACGGCACGCACGGGUCUGUCGCCCGGAAACGUGUUCGCCGACGCGUCAACAGCGAGUAUCAUCGUCCACAAACCGACGAGGAGCUAGCCCGGCGCUUCAAGGAGAACCACGAAGAGCAUCAGCGGCGGUGGGCUCAAGGAUCAUUUCUACAGCUCAUUCGAGAUCAUGUCAAGUUGCAGCUGUCACCGUCGGAGUGGCAGAUUUGGUUAUCACUGAAUCCAGAUAGUGAUCCCACGGCGAUAUGGUUGGAACGCAAGUUUGACGCGCCUGCGUCGGGGCGAUGGAUGGGGGAGAACUGUACACCUUUGGAGGGCAUCGCGGAUGAUCUAGAAAGGAAAUACCGACUCUUGGACGAUUGCUCCCGAUUGAGGGAUAUCAUAAAGUCGCUACCGGAGAAUCGGCAUUAUGUACCUUCGUUGUUGGUUAUAUGGUGGGCAGAAGAAGGAGAACGCUCAGCCGGCGUCGGAGUUUGCAGAUAUGGUGUUUUGAGGCUGUUUGAGAACAUCCUGGAACCUUUCAUGCAAGAAUGGCUUGACAAUUGCUCCACGCGCGGUUCUUUCAAUUGGGUCUUAUAUGGGCGCUUUUUGAAGGUCGUCGUGGAUCUUAUGCGAUUGAUCGUCCGAGAUUCUGCGAAGCUACUACGGAUCGACGUCGAGGACAAGAUACCUUCUUUUGAACCCCAGAAUGUCAUCGAUAGCGAAACGGCGUUUGACAAUGCGUUGUCGUGGUUGGCUGGUAUCGAUAUUGAUAUCGCGACCGGCCCUAUCACUCUUGACCUGCAAACGCAGCGCGACUUGGGCAGAGGUUCGCUAUAUCGUCUGGUUAUGCUAGGGAAGAGACUGAUUACAUCCCACAGGGUUCCCUUCCCUCACCUUUCCUUGACCAUAUCCGCUCGUUGGUUCAUCGCCUUGUGGAUACAAAGUCCACCCAAGACGCAGGUGUUCAUUCUCAAAGCCGACAUUGGACCUGCGACAGAGCAAUUCCGAGCUGCAGUUGAGAGAUAUCAGGCUCAGCUCACUCAGGCUAUGGCGAUGAGCGUUCGUCGCUCACCCAAGCGCCGCAGUGUCUCGACUGAGACGAGCGAAAGCGGCAGUAUUUCUGACUGGUUUGCUAUUGCACCCCACGCCCAGCCCAGCCCCCAUGGUCAAUGGUCGUACAUCGCCAUCCCCUGCCAGUUCAAUAUCGGUCUCGCAAGUCCUGAGCCGUCUUUAGUCACCGUGGCCAUGCUUCGCUCGUUGACACGGAAUAUGAAGGAGAAAUAUGGGAUGGAGAAUUAG